UAUGCAGUGCCUGAACAUGAUCAUGGCAGAAUCACCAGGCCUCCUCACCAUCUGUCUUUUAGGAUAUCUACUCAGUGCUGAAUGUACAGUUUUUCUUGAUCAUGAAAAUGCCACCAAAAUUCUGAAUCGGCCAAGGAGAUAUAAUUCAGGUAAAUUGGAAGAGUUUGUUCAAGGAAAUCUUGAGAGAGAAUGUAUAGAAGAAAAGUGCAGUUUUGAAGAAGCACGAGAAGUUUUUGAAAACACUGAAAAAACUACUGAAUUUUGGAAGCAAUAUGUUGAUGGAGAUCAGUGUGAGUCCAAUCCAUGUUUAAAUGGCGGCAUAUGCAAGGAUGACAUUAAUUCCUACGAAUGUUGGUGUCAAGUUGGAUUUGAAGGGAAAAACUGUGAAUUAGAUGCAACAUGCAGCAUUAAGAAUGGCAGGUGCAAGCAGUUUUGUAAAAAGGGCAGAGAUAACAAGGUGCUUUGUUCCUGUACUACAGGAUAUCGACUUGCAGAAGACCAAAAGUCCUGUGAACCAGCAGUGCCAUUUCCGUGUGGAAAAGUUUCUGUCUCACUCAAUUCUCUGAAGCUCACUCGUGCUGAGACUAUUUUUUCCUAUACGGACUAUGAAAAUUCUACUGAUGAUGAAACAAUUUUGGAUAACGUCACUCAAAGCACUCAACCAUUUAACAACUUCAUUCGAGUUGUUGGUGGAGAAAAUGCCAAACCAGGUCAAUUCCCUUGGCAGGUCGUUCUGAAUGAUAAAAUGGGUGCAUACUGUGGAGGCUCCAUUGUUAAUGAAAAAUGGGUCGUAACUGCAGCCCACUGUAUCAAACCUGGUGUUAAAAUUACCGUUGUUGCAGGUGAACAUAACACCGAGGAGGAGGAACAUACAGAGCAAAAGCGAAAUGUAAUUCGCGCUAUUCCUCACUUCAACUACAACGCAACUAUUAAUAAGUACAACCAUGACAUUGCCCUUCUGGAAUUGGAUAAACCCUUAAUGCUAAACAGCUAUGUAACACCUAUUUGCAUUGCUAACAGGGAAUACACGAACAUCUUCCUCAAAUUUGGGUCUGGUUAUGUGAGUGGCUGGGGGAAAGUCUUCAACAAAGGGAGAUCAUCCCCAAUUCUUCAGUACCUUCAAGUUCCCCUUGUUGACCGAGCCUCAUGCCUUCGCUCCACAAGGUUCACCAUCUCUAAUUUCAUGUUCUGUGCUGGCUUCCAUCAGGGAGGUAAAGAUUCAUGCCAAGGAGAUAGUGGGGGACCCCAUGUUACUGAAGUGGAAGGCAUCAGUUUCUUAACUGGAAUUAUUAGCUGGGGUGAAGAGUGUGCGGUGAAAGGAAAAUAUGGAGUAUAUACCAAGGUAUCCCACUACGUCAACUGGAUUAAGGAAAAAACAAAGCUCACUUAAAACUGUAGUUCCAAGUUUGACAUAUUUGAGAUUGAAAAUGAACAAGGUCUUUUACUAACUAAUCACUUUCUCCUCUCAUCAGAUUUGAAUAUAUACAUUUGGUGAAUAUUGCUUUUUGUCUUUAUGGGGAGAAAUUUAUCUAGAAUUGACGUUUCCUAGAAUAAGUAGAUUAGAAAAUAUAAUCACUUGAGAAAUAUACUGUGAUAAGUAUUU